GUAAAUAACGCAACAGCUAGAGUACAAACCAAGAAAACACCUACAAUUCCAAACGUGGCCGCCUUGCGUGGUGUAGCAAUACAGAGAGGUCGGGCACGGGGUGCCUUCGCCACUGCCUUCGCAAGACACCCCUCACCACUAACAGCAGCUGCUGCGGCUACUGCCCUGCAUGGUUACACCCCUGGUGUUUAUCAAGAUCCAUUUUUAGCAUAUGCAGGAGCAGAGAGAUAUCAACUUCCUGCAUCGUACGCUGCCACGGCAGCUUACACGGCUGCUGCCGCUAGAAGUUAUGCAGCUGCUGCAGCUGCCGCUCAGCCUGUGGCUUCCUAUGCAGCUGUUGCAGGAUCUCCAUCAUUGUAUUACAGUUACGGGCGUGAAUACGCAGACCCUUACCUCGGUCACAGCAUAGGUCCCGUUACAGGAUAUGGAGCAGCUGUAUACAGAAGUGGCUAUAAUAGAUUUACCCCCUAUUAGAUGACAUUGCCAUUGCGUGCAAUCGGUCCUCUUAAGAGAUAUCAUGCAUCGAAUAAAUUAUCCGAACUCGUAUCUGUAACAUCAUUGUCAUUGGAGGAGCGGAAAUUGAAAUUGCACAAUACAGCAAAUACGAAGAGUGCUUGCUGCCUUUGGGAAUACUCGCACAGUUUUUUACUAUUUAUUCUUGGCUCAAAGUUUUAAUUAACUGCCUACCAAUGAGGUUAUUAUUGAGAUUGUAUACAUCCAUGCCAAAGUAUAUUUCUAAUUAACGAAACGUUAUUCAUUGGAGAUCGACGACUGCAGUCGGAUCUAGUCAUAAAAUUAAGAAGUAUGAAUCGCAUUUUCAUACUGUGUAUUAUGUUAAUUAAGCAGUUAUUAUGAAGUCUGUAAAACUGUAUAUAACUUGCCAAAAAAUAAUUCUGCAUCAAAAUUAAUUGUGUGUAAAGCCAAUUUGUUUGUUACUACUUUUAUACAACUUUUUAAAGGAGUCUUUUUUAAGUUAUUGUUGCUUGAUACUGUAGUGUUAAUCUAAUUAAGAUUUUAGAAAGAAAAAGAAUGUGAUGUAUCCUGCAAAGUUGAUAUUUUUAAAAAGAACUUCUGCAGAUCCAUAAUUAACUUUAUAUAAUGGGGAUUUCUUGUCUUCCCAUUUUAUGUAACAUCCCGUUACAGAAAAAUGUUUAAUCUUUGGUUGUGAUAUAUUGUCGGUUUUAAUCCCUAAAUACAAGCAUAAUUAUUAUUAUUAUAGAAACAUCUGUUGAUUAUAUUGCUGUAAAAUUAAGUGUUAGGCAUUUUAAAAAAGCAAAAUGAGUUAUAAAUAUGUCCUCAAAAGUUAAACAUCGUAUUUUAUUAGUCAUACUCUUUUCAAAUUCAUUGUCUCCAGGUUAAUGGAAUUUACAUUAUAUAAAGUUUAUAUUAUAAUAUACCUAUUAUUAGUGUUAGAUAUUCUAUUUUUCAUACAGCAUUAGACAUUAAUUUUAUAAAUUUCUUUCUUUAUUUUAUUUGAGUUGGCGGUCUUGUCGCAGCUGAUUUUCUCUCGACCGUACCAAUUUAUUGCCGAGUCGACCAUUUGUUAUGUAAAGAAAAAAUUUCCGGCGAUCAAUGGUAUCAAGAAUUCUAGUCAUUGAAAGGUAGCUCAUGUAUAGUUAUACAUCAGAAGUGGUAUGCACUAAAUUAUAUCUGGAAAGUUGGUGUGAUAAACAUCACUUCUGAAGUCCAUAUCAUAUAUUUAUGUACAUUAAAUCUGUAAGAAUGUAGGUAAUUCUUAGAAACUGUGCUAAAUCUGAAAAUGGUAUUAAAUCUAUGUAUUUUACAACCACAGUAUACAUCAUCACAUAAUCUUCACUAUCUACAUAUCAGUUCACUCUUGGUCAUACUUUUAUUACAAGAACGAAAAAUAAACAAAUCAUAAAAUGUAAAAUAGUACAAAUAAUAAUUAAAUUUAGAAUGAAACAUCAAAAAUGUAUUAUUAAAGACAGCAGUGUCUAUAUUUUCCUGUUACCAUGGUAAAAAGAUCUGUACAAUUUAGCAUACAGGGUUUCAGAUCAAGCCAAAGAUCAUAUAUCAAGUAUAUCCACACAAUAUAUAGAUAUAAUUAAAUAAAUUUUAUGUAUUGUAUUUAUAUGAUGAUAAAUUACAUUAGAAAAAAAAUACAUAAAGCUCAUCCACAACUCAUUCUUUCUAUUUAUGUUUUAGAAUUGAAUCUACCUCUUUGCUAGUUAUAUGUGUAUACAUAAUAAACUGUAGAAUAUAAGUAAACUAUGUUUAGAGUAGAUGAUCGUCGCUACAUCUCAAUACUUUGUCGAAAGUGUAAAGUUCUAUAUUUAUAAGUCAUUAAUGUUAAAAUCAUUUAAUGAUGUUUUUUGCUAGUAUUUAUUCUGUAAAAAAAAAAAUAGCUUUAUUGUUGGACUAGAUAUUGAAUUGGUUAAGAAUCUCAUUUGUAUUUGUUAAAUUGCAAUGUGCUGUAUUGCAUUUAAAAUGUGUGAGAAGAAUAAAUAUCAGUGGUAAAUGGUU